AAGGCUUUGUGUUUGAAGGAUCGCUCUAGAACUGAACUUACUUAACUCUGCGGUUAACUCCAUUACAAUGAUGAGAAAGGGGAAUUCCUUGGAGGACUCCGUUUUUCAUUCUGAAAGUCAGAACAGCUUCCAAAUGUCAUGUAACGACACGCCAGUCAGCCCUACAGAGAGUUUUGGAUCAGUAUUUAUAAGUUCAGAUGGAGAAAAUGGAACAGAUGAAAAAAGAAAAGCAGGAAGAUCACCUACUCUGUUGCUACAGACCCCUACCGGUGAAAUGGAGUAUUUUGAUGACCGGAAAAAAGUUGAUGUUGCUAGGACAAAGAACAGCACGGAUAGUCCACUCCUGACAAUGGAUAUCAAGAGUGACUCCAAGAUUGAAAGGAAAAAGCAUGCCUCAACUCAGCUGAAGGCAAAUGCACAAUUUCAUAAGCUGUUUCUAGAUGUUCCCAUGGAUGAGCCACUGAAACAAAGUUUUACCUGUGCUCUGCAGAAAGAAAUUCUGUACCAAGGAAAGUUAUUCAUUUCUGAAAACUGGAUUUGCUUCCAUUCCAAGGUUUUUGGUAAAGACACUAAGAUUAGUAUACCUGUGCUCUCAGUGACACUUUUGAAGAAAACCAAAACUGCCCUUCUUGUGCCAAAUGCUCUGAUCAUAGCAACAGUCACAGAUAGGUACGUGUUUGUCUCCUUACUCUCCAGAGAUACCACCUACAAGCUAUUAAAAUCUAUCUGUGGACAUCUUGAGGAUACAAGCAUGGGCAACAGUCCAAGUCCCUUUUCUGCAGAAAACAGCUUCAGGGCUGAUCGUCCUACAACUCUGCCCUUGGAUUUCAAUGAAGACUAUUCUGAUCUGGAUGGAAUAGAACAGCAGCAGAGGCAAGAGAUGGAAGAGUCCAGCAGCACAGGCUCACAGACCCCAGAGCUGGAAUGCUUCCAAGAUUAUCAUGUUGUUGAGACACAGACUCACUUGAAAGUUUCCAAGACUGAGGCAAAGUCCAUCCGUUCGGAUGCACACAGUAAACGUGGACCUGACGGAAAAAUCCAAAACAGUCCUCGAAAUGGCAAUUCUGAAGCCUUCAGGCUCUUCCACAGAGUGAAGUCCCAGAAGCUCUUAUCUCUGAACCAUGUACUCAUAUUUUACGCAGUUCUUGUUUGUGCAUUAAUAUUUUCUACCUUCUACAUGAAAUAUAAAAUCAGUGUCCUGGAGGAACGUCUUAUUUCCAUCACAUCCUUUGAUUCACAUAUUAAGGAACAUCCAGUGCACCAAGGUUUGGGAUCUCAUCUGCAAAUUAAUGCUGAUGCCCUUUGUGAUGAGUUGACUGCUAAUCUUAUAAAAUUGGAAAAGAUACAGCACAACUUACAAAAACUACUUGAAGAUGGUGAAUGAAACGCCAAUGUUCUUGGACUGCUUCAGACCUCAUUCUUCUCUCUUCACAAACAGUUCCAAAAAAGCUCUGCUGGCCAGAGUUGAAGCUUCUUUAUUUUCGAUCCAAACCGAACUUAAACUAUGGUAAAGCUCAUGUCAUAAUGCAGAAAGUCAGUUUAUUCUUCAGCUUGUGUCUAUGUUUUGAAAGCAUAUAUGUUUUGAUCUACAUGUUUUAAAAAUAAGGGGAUUUUUCCUUCUCUAUUGUGUGUGAGUUAAUGGAUUUUAUAGCUUGCUUGAUUCUAUACUUACACCAGUGCAAAUCUGGUGCAACUCCUUUUACCUCAGCAUUUGAUUUCUGCCUUUUGUCAUUGAAAUGUAAAUGGGAAGAAUUCAGUCACAACUUGUGCUGAAGUAUCAUGUGAAUGAGCUGGUAUCUGUCUCAGCUAUGGUUAUGGAUCGGUGCUGUGCUCUUCAUUUUUACCUAUUUGUGCCCUGGCAUCCCAAAGAUCAGAUAACAGACACCUCUGGGUUUGGUUAUGUGAAGUUCUGAAUGUUCAAGGUGUGUGCAGUUUUCAGGAGCUGUAAGAAGGCUCAAUUCUACUUUCUCUGGCAUUGCAUUGCCACUGAGAGUAAGGUCUGUUUCUGCUGGGCAUUCAGUUUCCAUUGGAGUCAAGCUUGAAAUAUGUAUGGACUUGCCAACUUGACUGCAAGUUGCUUAUGAAUAGCAGUAUGGGUGUGACAUAUCUGCACAACUUAGAACUGCUAGGUUUUUUGUCUACUUGUAUGGUCUCUGUCCAUGAAGUUAAUCAGUGUGAAGACCUUCAGUCAGCUUUCCUUGGAGUUGCAUGGGGUUUUGGUUGGCGGAGCAAGUGCAAUUUGUGUUCCAGUUGAUGGAAAUCUGCUCUUGGUAUGUGACUCCAGGGACCAGAUAUUUCCACGUAACAGGAACUUGCGAAUUAAUGAUGUAGCAAUACAAUCGGUAGAGUAAAUGAAAAAAGUGGACACCUGCUUUCACAGUGCCUAAGGUGUGAUAACUGGGGAUUUUAGCUUUUGCAUUUCUGAUUAGUUUUCAAAAAUCAAUAUUUAGGAUAACAACUAGUAUCUGUGAAGUAACAGUAUUGUUUAUAAUAUGCUAUGCAUUUUAUAACCAUUUCUGUGAAAUGUACCUACUUUGUUUAAAUAAAUUUUUUUAAAACGAU